AAAAAGGCCGUCGACGGCAUAUGGUCUCGAAAAUUCUCUUCUCUUCAAUGAAACUCGAGUUCAGGACUAGUGUAGUCGUGGUUCUUCUGCACAAAAUUUCCAGCUCAUCUCAUGAGUUGGCGACAGAAUCCCGUGAAAUAAAGUCUUUCGUGUCAGUAAAUGCAUAG